AUGGCAAUUGCUUACUCAACCACUAAGAUCUGGGCUGGUCUCACCUCAGCAAUCCUGGCUGGCAGAGGACUACUACAUUACGAUGAAAAGGUAUCUUCAUUUUGGCCAGAGUUUGCGAAAAAUGGAAAGGGAAGCACGACUAUAAGGGACGUUCUGGAUCACCGUGCUGGUCUGAUUACUUUCCAUAAAGAAUUUGGAGUGGAAGAAGCUAAGGACUUAGACGUGGUCUCCGGUCUGAUAGAAGACGUGAGUUACCGUCUUUUUGAUGAAGAGCUAACGAAGAGCUCCCAGCGAAUGUUCUCGUUGAGAUCCGUCAGCUUCAACUGA